AUGUGCCUCGCCAAGGACAAAGGCGCGUUCGACGUGCAGUGGACAGACACUGACACCCCCAGCAGCGGCAGCAGCAGCAGCAGGGGCAGCAGCAGCUGUAGCAGCGAGAAUUCCCUCGACGGAGGGGCCCUUGGGGUACCUUCUGAAGAAGCUUUGCUAAUUGCUGCUGCAACAGUAGGCAGAGCAGAGAGGGAGAAGCUGGCGCAACAGUUUCUGCUGCGAAUAUAUGGGCUGGAGACGCUGCGGGCUGUUGAAAGCAAAGUGCCCCCCCAUUCAGCCAUUUCUGUUUCCCCGACGGCGUGGACAGUGCAGCUCGCAGAGGCUGCUGCUGCGGGUGCAGCGCAGCAGCAGCAGCAGCAGCAGGGCGAUGAGGAAGCGGAAGGCGAGGCAGCGAAGCAGCAGCAGCGAGAUGCUGCUGAGCAGCAGCCGCACCUCACAAACAGCAACAGCUUCAGUGACAGCAACGGCACUGCCAGCGGCAGCAGCAACAGCACUAGCAGCAACAGCAGCAGCAGCGGCAGCUUGGCAGCAGAGUCUGCAGCGGCCGAAGCACCCACCAGUCGCUCCUUUUCUAUCCAGACCUAUGGCUACUAUACUGCCUGCUGCCUCGCUUUAGACACGCUGCAGCAGCAGCAGCAGCAGCAGUCUGAGAAGCCAAAAUCGCACGACAUUGUGCUAUUUUCUUCUCUUCUAAUGCGGCAAAAGCAGUCACUAGAGGACCAGUGGUUCGCUGCUAGUUGGGGGCCCCUGUUGUCAGACCAGGGGCCCUCCCCCUCGCUUCCCAAAAUGUGUACGCGGGAUAGCAGCAGCAGCAACAGCAGCAGCAACAGCAGCAGCAGCAACAGCAGCAGCAGCAACAGCAGCAGCAGCAGGGUCAUGACGGUGUCUGCGCGCGCAAUAAAAGAUGUGACAGAGGACUGUCGAGUUUGGGUUCGGCGGCGGCUGCUGCUUCCCAUGAGGGAAAGCUGUCGAGACACGGGGGGCCCCUGGGGGGCCCCCCAGGGGGGCCCCCCAGGGGGCCCCCCAGACCCCGAGCUCUGUGCCUAUAUGAGGCAGAGCGAGGCUGUGGGGAUUUACAAUAGGAAGAUGCAGCUGCUGCAGCUGCAGGGGGCCCCCUGGGCGGACCCAAGAAAAGCUGCUGCAGCACGGCAGCACACAGAAGAGAGGGCAGCUGCCCCUGGAUAUGCGCUGCGGCACCGCAGGAGGUGCCCCACUUCCCCGAACUCCGUCGUCAUUCGAGGGGCAGUGGGGGAAGACGCGUAG